AUGCCAUACCCGGACUCGCCCUUCGAACUCGGUUUCCACGUGGAGGCGCUGUUCCAACUCGGCGAUGACGACGGCGAAGCGGCUGUCAACGAGGUUCAAAUCGAACGCUUGGGAAAGUGGCUGUGUGGGGCUCCAGAAAUAACCACGUUUAGGGUGAACACGCUCAGGGGCGACGUGGGGGAGGUGCGGGAUGCGGUCGAGGCGCAUCUGCGGGUUGCAGGUGGCGAGGCGAUGGUGGAGAGAUACCCCCACUGCGACGAGGCCAUUAUUGUGCACCACCCUCCUACUGCGGCUGAAUUUCAAUUAAAAAUUCAUGAGAAGGAAAUCGUAGUGGAUCCAAUAUGUGCCGCUGCUGUUUUACGAGGGGCCCAUAUUUACGCACCAGGUGUUAUGGCGAUGAUGGCAGGAACACAAAGAGGAGACCACGUAAGUAUCUACUGUGACCUCGAAAAGCGAUGUAGAAAAGGCUUGUCAAAAAAAUACGAAGGCAAGAAAACUUUCAUCGGAAACGGAUUGGUUAAAAUGGAACGUCACCACCUGUUUUGCGAAACACCCAAAACAGGAAUCGCAAUACAGAUGCUUGAAACCAAGUCCAACUGUCCACCUCUACUCGGCGACGAUUUUCUCCCAUCAGGAGUGGCAAUCCUGCAAAAUCUACCCUCAAUAAUUUGCAUACAUGUACUUAACCCACAACCUGGGGACAUAAUUUUGGACAUGUGUGCCUCACCUGGGAACAAAACGACACAUAUUGCAGCACUCACUAAAAAUCAGGGUAGGUUGGUAGCAAUUGAUAAAACUCCAACAAAAGUGGCACAACUGCGCCGAAACUGUGACGUUUUUGGCGCCAAAGCUGAAAUAAUUCAAACCGAUUCGACCAAACUAGUUGAAGACGGACGUUUUGCGCUCGAAACGUUCGACAAGAUACUUUUGGAUGCCCCUUGUAGCGCGUUAGGAAAAAGACCUCAGCUGCGGAAUACCGUUACAAAAAAAGUUUUGCGUUCCUACGUGCCUCUACAACGUAAACUAUUCCAAAACGCUGUCAAACUAUUAAAACCUGACGGGAUACUAGUUUAUAGCACUUGCACUGUGACGUUAGCCGAAAACGAAGGAAUAGUAGCAUGGGCUUUAAAGAAUUUCGACUUGGAAUUAGAGGAAGCAACUCCGAUUUUGGCAGGACCGGGCUGGAAAGGUACAAAUCUAAACGACGAGCAACUGGCAAAGGUCCAGCGUUUCGGACCUGAUCAAAGUAUAGACUCUGUUGGUUUUUUUAUAGCAAAGUUUAUUAAAAGGUAAUCGUUA